CUCUCUCUCUCGCUCUCUCUCUCCCCGCUCGGCUGCGCCCGCUGUCAGGGCGGCGGCCGCGAUGUCGGACAAGGAGUUCAUGUGGGCCCUCAAGAACGGCGACCUGGACGAGGUGAAGGACUACGUGGCCAAGGGUGAAGAUGUGAACCGGACUCUGGAAGGUGGGCGGAAACCUCUUCACUACGCGGCGGAUUGCGGACAGCUGGAGAUCCUAGAGUUCCUUCUACUGAAAGGAGCGGAUGUUAAUGCUCCAGACAAACACAGUAUCACUCCACUCCUUUCAGCAGUCUACGAAGACCACAUGGCUUGUGUGAAGCUACUUCUGUCAAAGGAAAGAUAUCGAUGA